AUGAAGGCAUUACGUUUCAAUCAGGAUGCUACAUGUUGUGUGGUAAAUCCAGAACCUCAUUUGGUCAGCAUAUACAAUUGUGACCCAUUUGGCAAGUGCUUUGAAUUGGAUGGCAGGGGUAAAAACCAAAGCAUAGAUAAUCUAGCGCAAUAUCCGGUAGGUAUCUCAUCAUCUUCUUUUGAUGGGGAGAAUGAAUAUGUGAUCGAAAUGCUUUUUUCUACGAGUUUGGUAGCAAUAGCUGACAGAAGUCAGGGGACCUCAAACAGUAAGAAACUAAAAAUAAUAAAUACCAAAAGAAAAUGUACAAUAUGUGAAGUUUCAUUUCCUCAUGGUAUUGUUGAUGUUGUGAUGAAUAGAAAAAGGAUGUGUAUAUUAUUAGAAAGUGAUCAAAUUUUCGUCUAUGAUAUUUCAUGUAUGAAACCGUUGGAAACAAUUGAUUUAUGGGAAGACCAUUUUAAGAAGACGUCCUCGGAUUCAAACGAACCAAAGAAAGCUAAAUCACAAGUUACUGACUCUCGAAGCAGGACAAAUUCUGUGGGGAGCAGUACGAGACCACGAAUGGCCUUGAGCAGUGACGAUAGGAGUAUUCUAUGCUUCACGUCUUACAGCUCGUCAAAGAAUAAUUCAUCUUCUUAUUUACUGAACGACAUUGUUAUUUAUGACACAUUGAAUGUGGCACCUAUAAAUUAUAUGAACACAGCACAUAAGGGGAAUAUUGCAUGUAUGGCCAUUAGUAAUGAUGGUAAAACGAUAGCAACUGCAUCGGAUAAGGGUACUAUAGUUAGAGUUUUCAACACUGGUGUAGACACAGAGUAUGACUCGAGAAAACCGCUUCUUUACGAAUUUCGACGUGGUACAAGGCCGUGUAACCUUUACUAUCUUUGCUUCAACCGUAAAGCAUCAUUGUUAGGCUGCGUUGGAAAUACCGAUACAAUACAUAUUUUCAGUUUGAAAGAAGACAUUGGGAAUUAUGAUGCAAUCAAUAGUGAAUUUUAUGACGAGGAGGAAGACCUUUCACAAUCUAACAACGGGAAUGGUCUUCGAGAUCGUAAAUCCCCAACUGAUACUUCAAACCAUUUCACAAAAUUUAUUUCAAGGGGGAUCAAGGCAACGAUACCAAAACAAAACUUGCGUCGCGACUAUGCACAUAUACCUGUGUUACUUGGUACUACGUAUUGUCUUGGAUUUCCUGAUGAAUUUGUAAAUCAGGUUUACCUAGCAGGCGACGACGGAAAGUUCCUUGUUUAUUCCUUACCAUCGACACCUGGUGAAUGUGUGUUGACCAAAAGUAAUACAUUCAUUUAA